UGGGCGGUUGAAAACAAAUAACAGACGAUAAGGUUUCUGUUUCCUUAAAGUAUUCAAUAGAAGAUAAAGUAUGGAAAUUUUGUGUUGCUAAAAUGUGUGUUUUUAGUAUUUUAAUUGAAGACUUUUUGUAUUUAAUUUAUUUUAGGUAAAUUAUGUACCUAAUUGCUUUAAAAGCUAACAAAAUAUUUUGUGUGUUUAAGAAAGUUAUUUCAAGUGCAGUCGGUAACGUUUCACAGAUUUUAUGAAUAACUAAGGAGUUAUUGAAAGAUCCUUUGGAUUUUUUUGAUGAAAGAAAAAUGGCUUGGUACAGAAAAUUUACCGUGGAAGUGCCUUUAUUUUUUUCCUAUGUUAAUUUUUUGAUGACAGGUUCAAUUAUUACAAACCUAGUCGUUUACCGAACUUGUUACAUUAUACUUGGAUACAACAAAACAGAUUGCAUUCAACUAGGAACUGAAACGAACAAUGUAACUAAAAAUUUAGAAAAAUUGGUCGAACCAACCGCUGAUGUUAUCAAUAUGGUUAGAACGGUACUAAAUUCUCUAGUUCCUAUUUUUAUUUGUAUGAUGGCAGGCCCUUGGUCUGAUAAACAUGGUAGAAAACCCUUUCUACUUAUAACUUUAAUAGGUACUUGUCUAAGUCCUCUUUUGAUGGUGGUCUUCAGUUACUUUGAUAAUGUGAAUCCAUGGUAUUUUCUGAUAUCAUUAAUACCACAAAUUAUUUCUGGAGGUACUAUAACGUACCUUGCAAUUACAUUGGCCUAUAUUUCGGAUAUAUCAACUCCUGAAACAAGGGGGAUUCGAAUGGCAUUUUUUGAAGCAACCCUUGCAUUUGGCGUUCUUACUGGAAGUGUAGUGAGUUCAUACAUAUUUUACGCUACUAACUACGAAUUUAUAUUUGCUAUAGCUGCAGGAUGUGUGCUAAUUGGAAUUUUAUAUACAGUUUUUGUUAUUCCAGAAUCUUUAUCAAGCCUAGAACGUACUUUAGAUGAUUCAAAUAGCUCAAUGGACAACCCUUUUAAAUACAUCACAGAUAUGAUUGGAACUACUUUUAAACAACGCGAAAACAAUGACAGAUCUUUAAUUCUGCUAUUAAGCACUGCACUUAUUCUCUUUACUUUCGCUAAUAAUGGAGACAAUUUCAUUCAAUUUAUAUAUUUAAGGAAAAAAUUAGACUGGAACUUAACAAAAUAUACAUUGUAUUAUGGUAUGACCAGUUUUCUUUGGGCUACAGGAGCACUCACUGGAACAUUCCUGUUUCACAAUAAAUUAAAAAUUAAAGAGUGUAACUUAGCUCUUUUGGGAACGUUAUCAAUAAUCGGAUGUUUUAUUUUGCAGGAGUUAGCUUUUAACGAUUUAUAUAUUUACCUGGCUGGAUUGGCAAGAUUAUUCGCAGGUUUAGUUAGUCCUAUGUUAAGGGCACUGGUAUCGAAAAUGGUGCCACCACAUGAAGUUGGAAAAAUUUUCUCUGUGACCAUGAUCGGUGGAGCAAUAUUUGAUUUAGGGGCAUCUCCUUUAUAUACAUUGGUGUACAAUGAUACUAUCAAUACUUAUUCUGGAAUAUAUAAUGUUAUUUCUAUAUUUGUUGUUGGUUUGACUGCGCUUUUAAUCGUAAUUUUCAAGACUCUUGAAUGUUCAUCCGGCUUCCAAACACUAAAUAAUGAAGAACUAUCCAACUCACAAAAUGACGAUGAAAUAAUAUGAAUACCCAGUUAAUUUUUGAAGUAUAUUUGAUUCAAAAAUCAAAUUUUUCCUUACUUCUGUACAUAUUUAGGCUAAUAUAACCUACAAUUUUUAUUUCGUGACGAAUAUAGGAGUUUCAAUUUUUUUUUUAAUUUUAGUAGGGACGCCAAAAAGAGACUUAUUUUGUAAAUAUUUCUAAUUAAACAAUUGCAGAAAUAUGUUUAAUAAAAAAUAAUUCAUCCUUCUGUGGAUAAGGUGCAAUUUCUACGAUCUAGUCAUGCUCACAUCUUAUAUCACAUCCAUCCAAAAUCUAAUAUGUUAAUAAUAUUAGGCAUUUAGUACAGUUAAAAAAUGUAAAAGAUACUUAUUAAUAUAAAGUGAUUUACCAAUAAAAAAAAUCUUUCUAAAGUAGGCCUUGGUUAAAUAUACGUAUGUCGAAGAUCGUACGCUUCUUCUUUUUAAGUGUCAGUUACGACAUGACUCUCAUUUCUAUCUUUGUCAUUCAUGACCUACAUUAGAAACAUUUUUGUAGAUCUACCGUUACAUAGAGAAUAGAAAUACUAUAGGGUAAAGUGAUAGGUAACCCCCAUUUAUGUGCAUUUUGUGCAAUUCAUUAUUUUUAUAUUUUUGACAACUUACAUUAAAAAUGUAGCAUACCACUAAGAUAAAAAACCUGUAAAAUGUAUACAGGGUGUUCCGAAAUUAGACGGUCAUGUUUUAACAGCGUAAUCUACAUCCUAAAAUAGGAGUAAAAGUUUAUAUAAAGAUAGGUCCGAAAACGUUUUGUUUCCGAGAUACAGGGUGAAGUCCUGAUGACACAUUUUUGUAAAUAUUUUCUAAACUUUUAAAGAUAACUUAGUGAAAUUUGGUACAAAUGCUAAACUUUUUACGCUCUAUUUAAUGGACUAAAGCCAGUUUUUGAUCAUCUUCAUAGGUGGGUAAAUUAGAGGAGGGAUUAGGGUUAAAUUGUCCUAAGUUUUUUUUGUUGACUGUUUUUAACAUUUUUGACUACAAAAUUUGGAAAAUCAAAAUUGUCUUUAUAAUAAAGCUACUUUUGUUGUAUCCCCGCUAGGACGCACCAUUUUCAAGAGAAAUGCAUUUGAAAAUUUCAUGAUAAGUUGAUGUUAUCUUAUUCGAAAGUGUAAACAAUAAUUAGUAGGCCUUUUUUAACUUUGGAAAACCGGUGACUAAAGAAAUUUUAGAAUAUAUUUACAAAAAUUUGCCAUCAGGACUUCAGUUGUAACACCCUGUAUCUCGAAAACGAAACGUUUUCGGACCUAUGUUUAUAUGAACUUUUACUUCUAUUUCAGGAUGUAGAUUAUGAUGUUAAAAUAUGACUGUCUAAUAUCGGGACACCCUGUAUAUAACAAGAAAAAUAACUAGAAACAAAAGACGAUAGGAUAAAAAUAUUCUAAAAUUUAUGACUAUGUGAUCCAUUUAUUUUUAAAAUCUACCGAAACAAAAAAUAUCAAAUGAGUUUAACAAUUUUUUUCCAACGUUAGAGAAAAAUUAUCCUCUCAAAUUAAAAAAUUUUAAUAUUCCAAAAACUAAUCGGUAUUGUCUGCAAACUCUUUUAAAAACAAAAAUAUCAAUAAUCCCAAAUAAAAUAAUAACAAAAAGCCAGAAUCUAUACCAUAUACCGCUCACUGGGUGCAAUAGUGGCACAUCACAAAAUUAUUAGUUUUGAGAAAAUCACCGAUUUGUAAAACCGAUUUGAAAUAUUGAUUAUUCUAUAUCAACUUUUUUACCUAAUUGAAAGUUUAAUAUUGAUAUGUAAUUAGGUAUCAAACUGUAUUAUUGCUACUUUUUUAAUAGAGCGUCUUUUUUAACUUUAUUUUUGGAAAAAACAACUAGUAUUGCAGUUAUUGGUUUUUUUACAUGUAUGAUUUUUAUGAAUAAAGUGAAAUAUCUCAAUGGGAAUGUCUUAAUAAAACUGCAGUUUAAAGUUUUAGCAACAUUUAAUUAAACAAAAAUGGUUAUCAAAAUAUGGUUCUGUAACUGUAUAAGUUUAUAUAAUUAUCUGCAAGGUAAAAACUUAAAAUUACCAACUCAAAAAACAUUCCCAUCUGCAAAUGAACAAAACUACUAUUCUGAAAUUUAACAAAAAAAAACAACUAUUCUUUUUCUCGUUUCAGGUUAUUAUAAAAGUAACAUUAUUUGAUAUCAUUAUUACUUUUUAACAAAUGCAUCAGGUCGUAAAUUUUUUCUUUGGAAUUGGUAUAAUAGCUUGGUACGAAUCUGAUGCAAUUUUCAGGCUUGCUUUGUUAGGGCUAAAAGUAUCUUUUAUAAAUUUAAUACCUAACAGUUCUAGGAUUUUUGUGCCCCUUAAAUUGGCAUUUUGAAAUUAUACAGCCACUUAUUUCUGACUUUUCGCAUUUCGAUUUUACGAUAAAUAAAUUCACAAUUUUUAUAUCUGAAGCGACUAAUUUAGGCCAUUUGGCCAUCCAUCCUCAGGCCUACAAUACGAAUGAAAAUAUAUUAAAACACUUGUAACCGCCCACCCCCCGAUCUUGUAGCUUAUUAUUAAAAGCCCGUAUUUUAAUUUAAGUACCUCCCUCCCCUUGUGAAAUUCAAAGUAAUUCAUACUUACUGUAUUUGGCCUUUUCCUCUAGUAGUGUAGUGAUCGUCUAGUUAAUUAAUUGAUAAUUUCCCAAGUAACAUCUAAAGCUGUUUACAUUGAUUUGAUCAGCAAUUUAGCUGAUUUUUAGAUGUAUAGUAGUGGCGAAGUCUGAAUAAGCUAACUGUCUGAUCAAUAGGUUGCAUAGAAGCCCUUCUGCUUCUUUGUAAACCCUUGUAGCGCUAAUUAACGUUAGCUAAACUAUAGGCUGUAAGAGCACUACUUAAGUCAAAGUGUAUACCUUAAUUCAGCUACUUGGUCUAGGCUGCACAUAAAGCUGAAGAAGCUCUGGUGCAGCCCAAAAGUAGACCACUAAUCGGCAAUUUGAAAUUUGCUGAACAAUAGACUGGAAGAGCACUACUUAAGUCAACUUAUAUACCUUUAUUCAGCUAGUUGGCAUAGGCUGUACAUAAAGCUGAAGAAGCCAUGUUGUAGUCCUAAAGUUCAUCAGUUUGGCAAAAUUUAUAAAAAGAAUUAUAUUAUGUUAUUUAUUUUUAAAUUAAACAAAAAAUCGGAUUACUAAGUUGUAAACGAGUCUGUACAAAAGUAAAAAAGCGCUCCUUUUGUCCGCAGUCGCUGUAUAAUAACUGCUACCCAAGCUAUUUAAAAGCUGAAGAAGCACUUCCUCUGCCCACUUUAAGCAGCUAUAGGCUGAUUAUCUUCUCCUUUUUUAGCUGUUUAACCUAAGGAAAAGAGUCUUAUAAUGGCAAUUAAACCUCCAUUAUUCAAUCCGUUAGCUGAAUAUGUAGCUGAUUAAGCGCUACCAUAAUAGUUAACCUACUUAAAUUGUUUUUUGGGUUAUAUACCCACGUUGUGAUAAUGUUAAUUAAGAUUAACCAGGAUUCGAUGCAAAGUUUGGUACAAAUUGGUGAAUGAAAUAAUGCUCAAAAUAUAUUUAACUUAAUUUAUUUUUGUUCUCAAAUAAACUCAGUAUGUACAAAAUUUCUUUUAAUAUUGAGUAAUGAGAAAUUGUAUCUCAUCUAGAUCUCACAUGUGUCCUGCCCAAACAAAAAUAUGUAACUUGCCAUCAAAUAUAUGUAAUAAAAACAAUUCUUGAUAAUAGACAGCAGACGUCCUCAGAAUUGCACAAUUUUUAAUAAUUCUUUUGUUUCGUCAUUUUCUUUUUUAUAUAGGUGCGUUUACUGAGAUACAGUCGCAAUAACGGACGGAUAUCCCUUAUGUAUCAGCCUCACCUAGGGGGGUUUUAUGUAGUGUAGUCUUACUAGAAUAUUGCUAGUUUUAUACCAGCGAACUACCCCUUAUGUUCAGAUCUACCUACGCUGCGAAGCUUAAGAGAUAAUUAUCUAAGAUGGUCCAACCCUGUAGUAACAUCAAGCAUAUUCGGAAAAAUGUUAGUCUAGUCGUCCGAUGUGUCAUUUACCCCAAUCAGCUAAGCUGUUAUAUAGUAGAUAUUUGCGAGGGUUCAUUGACAGUUCGGUAGCCAGACUCUUGUUAUCUUUUACGGUGAUAUAUUAAUUUGAAGGCAAUAUGGCCCAUAUCAUAUACAUCUGGACGAGCUAAAAGCGAUGUAGGCGAGCAACAAAUUCCUCAAAUCUAAAGAGACCAUUAUUGAAUAAUAAUGAGUUACACAAUAAUACUCAUUAUUAUUCAACAAUAAAUUCCCAUUUUACGAAGUUAAUUUCGUUGUUAAGUUAUUAACUCACCAUCGGAUAUGCAGACCGUUGAGUGUAUAUUAUCGUCUGUUUCUAUUUCAGACAUUUUAUAUUUUUGUAUCCGGUACGGAAGCGUUAUCUUGUGUCAGAAUAGUUAGUAGGGACGUUGAGACGUAAGCGUCGUGAUUUAGAGCGGCGUAAUGGAGAGAGAGCGUCGUGACGCAGAACGCGAAACGUAGAAAGGGAGAAAAGGACGUAGGGCGUCAGAUUAGAUAUUGGGCGUCGGAUGGAGGGCGUCGGAUAAAAGAGAUGAAGUCGUGAUGUCAAGCAUCGAGACGUGGGAACGUUCGGGAGGUAGGUCGUCAGGCUGAAGAGCGUCGGAUAGAGGUAGGAUAUGAACUGCGUGGGUUUAGGAAAGGUACUGAACUUGAAUUAUAUUAGAUUAGAAGAAUAAUACGACUGGAGCUCGAAAUCAACUGAACUGAGUUUGAUUUCUUAAUGCCCUUUGAGUCCCUUUAAAUCGGAUCUUUAUACUUGAUUUCAUUUUUGUGACGUCAGUUUCUCAUGUAAACGAAUUUGGGCGGAUAGGGGGUGGCUGAUUUAUUACUUGCCUUGAAAAGUUUGUGUAUCGAAAACAACGUUCCUAUUCAAACUGACUUAAGAUAAGUGCGUUAAGAGUUUAAUGAUUAUUACUUCAUGACAACUUAUGUUGUAUGGUGGGUCUAAUUGAUUUUUAUGUUUCUUCAAAGAAAACAAUCCUAUUUUAAACUUAAUUUUUCUGAAAAUGAAAAGAUUUUGUUUUUAUUAUCAUCAGUAACUCUAGGUUACAGAGUUUGAAACAUCUAGAUAUUUACAGGUAAAACUUAUGACAAUUAAAAACAAAAAAGACAGACGUCUAAAAUUUUUGUCAAUAUAUUGUUCAAAAAAUAAUUCACGGUUUUCUGUUCUCCCGACGUCACAAAAAUGUGUUUGGUAUAAGAAAUUUACUAAAAUUACUGUCCUAAUAAUUUAAUAGAAGGUACAAAUAAUAAUACUAUAUUGAUUUAUCCUAAAUAAAUAUAAGUGUUUCUGUGUACAUUUUGUCAACAUCACUUUUAUUGUUUGCAAUUUUUAAUCAAUUAUAAUUAUGUACUCGUAUGUUCUCCUCAUAUUUAAGUACUUACUUUAAAUGAAAUAAUUAGAAUUAUUAUACCCAUGCGCAACCCCCUAACAGGUCAUCAAUGGGCUUUUUCUGUUUAUUCUUUUAAGAGAGGUAUUUAAAUCAUUUGGUGAAUAUUUUAUAAUUACUUAUAUUUUAAUAUGUAUGUAUAUGUAUUAAUAAAAACAUUAAUUUUUUAAUAAUUAAUAUUUUAUUACCCCAAACAGAAGGCCUUUCAAUAUAGAAUAUUGUAGACAUUUUAUUUAAUUCAGCUACAUAAUAUAAUACAGAAAAAAUGUUUUCUUCAAAAAAAUUAUUCAUAUGAGUCACUUAAUUUUAUUUUUAAUUAAUUUAAAAAAAUGUAUAUUUCAAUUAAUUCCCGCCUGAGGACAUGUUUCCCAGGAAUUACCGUUUUUCAACAAUUGCGAGUACCCUCAUAGGUUAAAAUAUUUCUAUAUUUACCGAAAUCAGAAUGGGCAUUUUGUAGAGUCGAUUUCGUACCAAUUAUCUACUGUUAUUUGUCAAGGUACUAGAAGGACAUUUUUUUUAUUUUUAAAUUGUAAACAGUCGGCUGUAGUGGUAGUCCCCACAGUUUACCGGUCUUCAAGCUUGCCCAGCGAAAAAGGAUAAAUUCGAUAACAACUGAGAAUUACAUUCUUUUUGAUUGCCGUACUCUGUGAGUGACCGUGAUAUUGUUAGAUUACUUAACAACCCCGUUUUUUCUAAGAUAGGAAAUCGCAAAUUAUUUUUUUUAUUUACAAUUAGUUUGGGGCACCCGUCCGACAAGUGAAAAAAUUUUGAUUCAUAUCCAGGAUAUUUUAUUUCAUCCCUUAGGGGGAAACCGUUGGCAAUCUCUUUUAAGAAGCGCCCAGCAUUUUUCAUUUCAUGUAAGUUUCUUUUCUUUUAUUUAUUCAUUCAAUUGUAUUUGAAUCAUUCCGUUCCCCGUCCAAAACUAAUUAUUGAACGAAGCCCGACGUUUUAUGUAAAAUUAAUUCACACACCGUUUUGAUCGACUUUGGCAAAUCUCAAAAUAAUCUUUUCUAUCACCAUCGCCUUCGCUGUCCAAACACCGCGUAAAUUCAUAUCAUUCUCACUCGACGAAAAUUGCCACUGCCGAUCGCUCGAGACCAAGAUACAAGGGGUUCCGAAAACUUUGUUCCAUUUUAUAGUAGAUUUUCCUUUUCUGAACUUACAUUGUAGGUGGGUUAACUGGGGUGAUAGUAAACUUCAUUUUCUGUAUACAGGGGUGUCGUAACUACCCGUUUUCUUUUAUUUUUAUGAACUUCUCAUUUGGUCAACCGUUUAAUUAAAAAUUAAUUACUCCGUUUUAAUUAAUUACCGUUUUUUCGUUUUAUUAUUUGGAACAGAAUAUUUAAUUUUGUAUGUAUUUGGGAAAAUACACCUUCCAUAUACCGUGUUGUACAUAAUUUCCGAUUUAAAUAUUUUCCAGUACUAGUAAAAGGUAAUCGAACUUUAAUCUCAUUUAUUUUCCUACAUUUUAUUACCGUCAUAUGUUAAUAAUUUAUUUUUAAUAAAUUUUCCGAAUACAGGGAGCCGUUAAUAUUUAAUUAGUUUUCAUUGGUAAUAAUUUAUUUUUAAUAAAUUUUCCGAAUACAGAGAGCUGUUAAUAUUUACUUAGUUUUCAUUUGUAGUAAUUUAUUUUUAAUAAAUUUUCGGAAUACAGGGAGCCAUUAAUAUUUAAUUAGUUUUCAAUUGUAAUAAUUUACUUUUAAUUAUUUUUUUCUGUAUAUAGGGAUCCGUAAUUACUUUCUUGUAAUCUCGUUUAAUUAUAAUCAAUCAUUUUAUUUAAUUUUUCGUUUACAGCCGUGCCAAAACCGUGCACUACCACGGUUGUACAUUUUUUUUGUAAAUAUAUAUUUUAUUACCUAUUCCUGUGUUUCUCUUAUUGCUGGUUCUUAACCGUUCUCUUUCAGGGUACCUUAGGGUACAAGGUGUAAAGGAGGUAAGUGUUUUAUUUUUAUUUAUUCUAGUAUAGUGGCUACCUAGCAGUGACCGCCUGGAAUUAUUUUUACCUCUACUGAGUUUACCUUGAGUACACUCUGGUGUACUACAGGGUCACAGAGCAAACUGCGAUACCAAAACUGGCGCCUGAGCAACCCCUAUUCGGGAAUCACCAUCAUACCGCCACACAGACUCGCUGAUUCACUGUAGAGUGUAGGUGAACCAGAAAGCCUGUCACAAUAAAAUAUUCUAAAUUAACAUGCAAAAGUAAAAAAUUAUAAUGAAUACUGAAUAGUGAAUACCAGCAAUGCGAGACUGGCCUCAUAGUAUAUACAUGUCCACUCGUUAAGUAUGUAACAAGUGAUAAUCGGUGUCUCCAUCUAUGAACGCGGGACGGAGCCCUGUUGGAGUUGGGUCUGCGGCAGUUAAAAGUCUUUUAACUUUUACCAUACUUUUACCCCAUAUAGUUACUUACCCUUCAUAAGGCCAUCAUCAAGCAACAUAAUGCUGGGCCACUACCGAAAGGCCAAAAGUAUGCUUUUAUCUUUUAAUCGUCGCAUUCAUUUUUCCUUCAAUUACAGCAAAAGGCCAGCACUAUCCCGGCAAUUUAUUGUUUGUUUAAUUUUAUAAUUUUAAAUAAUAAUAUUGAUCAAUCUAACUAAGAGGACUGAACGACCAUUUUACGUUACGUUAUAACGAUAAAGACAUUGUUUUUUUUUGAGAUUUCUAUUUGAGGUUUUAAUUGUUUUGACUUUUAAUUUGUAAUUUUAUUUAUUUUAAUAGUGACAAUUUGUUUCCUCUUUUAAAAAUUAGUCAUAAUAAAGUUGGUUUCGUGUAUACAUACGUAUCGUUUUUUUUUACACUUCAUAGACGGUCCAUGUUGGAACAAAAAAAGAAAGUUAUAUUAUCCUGAUUAGAUGAAUCCGACCGGAUCCGGUCGGAUUGAUGGAAAUCCGGUCGGAUUGAAAAUGAGACCGGAUUGCAAUUCCUAGCGACACCACUCCCUCGUUUGAUUACCCUAUCGCUCCACGCUCCUUACCAGUUUAUAUCCGUUAAUAAAUAGUGACUCAUCACCCAGACAGCACACCAAAUCCUUUGGAUAUCUACUGCACAUCCCAAUAUCCACUGAAUGUCCAGUCCAUGGUGGAUAUCUAUUUUAUAUCCAUGAUAUGUAAUUUAUAGACAUGCAAAUGUCCAUAAAUAAUAGUAAAUAUAUAGCAAAUUAUUAAAAAAUUACGCCAUUGUGCUCGCCAUUGUGGCUAAUAGUACCGUUCAGAUAUUUAAAAUUCAUUUUUUUAAGGUGUAUUCAAUAUCCCAUGGACAUCCACUAAAUAUAUCAAAGUCUAGGCGCGAACGCAAACCAUCGUGGAUAUCCACUAGAUGUUAUUUGAUUUUGCUUACUAAGUAUAGAUGGCGAUACCACUUUCGCAUCUACUCAUGCUCGACCCGCCGUAAUUGAGUUCGAUCGAAAUUUGUGUCCUAAUCAGACUCCAUUAGAGACUGGAGUCGAGAAUUUCCAUUUAUUGCUGAUGAGUCCUAAUAAGGACGACUUUCACCUUAGUGGGCAAAAUCAAAGGCAGAGUGUUGAAAAUAUUUUGAGUGUUGAAAAUAUUUUUUAUCUCUGCUAUUUUCUUUGGACGUUAUUCAAUAAUCAUUGGUUACUUAUGAACCUCUACUAAAGAUCAAAUAUGUUGCUGAGUAUCCGAAUAUCUUCUAUAUCCUGGGAUAUAGACGGACAUUUGGUUGGAUAUAUUGAAUAUCCACAAAAUAUAUUAUGUGGAUAUCUCUGGGAUUUCUUGUAUUUUCUGGAAGAUACCCAUUAGAUAUUUUGCUGGAUAUCCAUUAGGAUAUCUUCUAUAUUCUGGAUAUAGACGGACAUUUGGAUAUCCAUAUUAGAUCCACGGAAUAUUUCUGAUAUCCUGUGGAUAUAUUGGAUAUCCACAAAAUAUAUUCUGUGGAUAUUUUUGGGAUUUGGUGUGUUGUCUGGGCGGAUAUCCCUGGAUAUAACCAAGUUUCAUAUAAUCCAAAUGUCAUACUUUUUAUUAAGCACUAAUUUUUGUCAAUAAUGAACAUAUAUUUAGAUUAGCAAAUAUCAUUUAGAAACUUACAAAAUCAAGCAAAUUUAAAAAAAAAAUAGAAAAAUAAUUUGAUUUAUUCUACUAGUUAUAAAUUAUAAAUUUGUAUCAACUAACAACAGAUUUUUAAUUGCAAUUAAUGAAAAUAAAUGUGACUCAUUAAAACUACUUAUAUUUAUUGCAUUAGCCGAAACUGAGGUAGACUUAUGUUUAAAAAAAAUAUAAACAUUUUACAACAAUAAUUCCGUACAUCCAACUCGUAGGGAGACAUCUAGAACAGAAAGAAAUAGGUAUGGAAAUAUCAAAAAUUACUUAGAAAUGAGGGAGUUUUGCAGACGCUCUGAUUAUUCCUGAAUAUUUCUGAUUAUUUCAGUAGUUUUGUUCUUUAAUGAACUUUGUUAAAAUUUUGUAGUAGCGAGGUUUGUUUAUUAUAAUUUCACUUAUAUAUUUAAUUAGAUAUUAUGUAUUUUUGUUGAUUUCUAUUUUCGCUGUAUUUAUAGGAACAUGUAAUUAGGCUCAUGCCCGUUUGUUUCUGGAAUAAAUAAAUAAAUAAAUAAAUAAAUAAAACAUUGAUAGAGAAAGAAGCAAUUAAUGCUGGAAGAACAUGUAUUUAAAGUGCAAAACGCGUGAGUUCACAAAUAAUGUAAAAUGAACGGGAUUAUCAUAUUCAUAUUAGUGGAAUAGAUAAGUCACAAAUAGGGCAAAAAGCUUAGGCUUAGAUCAUCGAUAUACAAUACAGAAAAUUUAUGCUUAAUUGAAAGUAAAACUGGUAAAAAAUAAAAGGAAUAUAAACCAAACAACCCAAAUCAUUGACUAAUAGACGAAUAAGCAAAUUACAUAAAUUAGGCUUUAUUAUUUAAAACAACUACAAAAAUGCUCACAGCAUAUAGUAUAUGUAUAGUGUUUAACGAACAAGGAAUGGUACUCAGUUCCUACGAGAAUGCUGUAACUCAUACGACAUACGAGUAGGUUAGGAAAUGAGCAUUAUUUGCGAAUUGAACACUAUACUUUUUCUAUGGCUAUAACAUCCAUUUUUAAUUAGUUUUUAUCAUUUAAAAAACCUCGCAAAAAAACUAAAAUAACAAUGCAGCUCUUUUCUAAAUAAUUAUUUAAUUGUUGACAUUUAUUCAUGAUUUUAACAAAAUAAUUAGGGAAUGGCUACUUUUUGUUAUCAGGUAAGGAUCUGAUACGGAAAUGAUUACUUUGUUUUAUCCGAAUUAUCAAAUAAGUUGAGAAAGUAUACGUUUUUAUUAUAGCCCUAGAAAAAAUUAUUACUAUUUUAUAAACAGUAUUAAAUUAUAAUUACCUUUAGUCCUAAAACUAAAAAAUAUAUUAUCUAGUUUUAGGAUUGACUUUUAAUCCUUCUACAUGCAUAACAUCUGAAUUUUGGAGGCGCAGGUCCAUCGAUGUGAAUGCAAUCAUCUGGUCUGUUGUAGUGUUCUAAACAUGGUAACCUCUCUAAGAGCUCUUCAUCCUCUUUCAGUUUACUUGGUACGUCUUUCCAAAACUUGUGUAAUUGACUGGCUGAUAACUGAAGUAAAAAUGAUUUUGGUAAAACUUUGAUGACAUCGGAAUUUAACUCGACGUUUCUAAUUGAAAAGUUGGCAACAUCUGAAGACAUAUUUUUGUAUUUUUGUUUUUAUGUUACACAAAAGAAAAUACUUUUAAUAUGAA